AAGAAAACAUUUGAGAAGAUUGUCGACGUAUUUGAAGGACUCGACAGUCUUAUUAACAACGCCGAUAUUGUCAAUGAUGUGCUCUAGAAAAAAACAAUCAAAAAGAAAUUAAGGUUAAAGCGGUAAUCCACGGAUUUAUGUUGGCGUUUGACCAUAUGGGAAAACACAAAGGCGGCAAGGGCGGGGUAAUCGUGAACAUCUCAUCCGUAGCCGGACUAUACCCAGAAUCUCUUUUUCCAGUAUAUUCCGCUACAAAGAGUGCUGUUUUGAGCUUCAGCCAAUCUUUGGCAAGAAGAUACAAUAAAUCUGGAGUAAGAGUCGUUGUUAUGUGCCCGGGGGGUACAAUGACAAAAGUAGUCGGAAUAAAUGUAAAAGCUAAAAUGUCCAACUCUGUUAAAGCUACGAUAGACAACAGCUUUUACGCUUCUAUAAUAAAAUGGCUGUCUAUGAUGCAGACAGCCGAACAUGUGGCACUUGCAGUGCUAGAUCUUAUCCAGAAGGGUAAAACUCGAGCGGUUUGGGUCAGUGAUCUCUUCUGCGCCGCACGCAGUAAAAACUGACUGCGACGCGCCAACUACAUUUACACACAUCGCAUCUUCAACACCAUACAGGCCCACUGAUACAAUUUACAGACAACGAGCUCAUAACAAAGGAAAUGGUCGCCAAACUGGCCAAGCAAGAGAUUGCUCUCCAUGUACGAAAAAUGGAAAAAGACUAGAAACUAGACGAUGGCUUGUUUCAGAAACCCUUCGAGAAUGGUCUGAUGGAAAUCCAAUAUGUUAUUGCAAAGAGUAUAUGCAGAAUCGUCUCUGCAUAUCUUUUAAAAGCCAGACAAGAAGUUCCAGUCUUCUUGGUAAACACAAGUACAUCCAAUAUGUUAUUGCAAUAACAUAUUGGAUAUACUUGUGUUCACCAAGAAGACUGGAACUUCUAGUUUGGCGUAUAAAAGAUAUACAGAGACGAUUCUGCAUACACUACAUUUGGCAUAAAAAGCAUCCCAAUGGCAAAGCUAAUGAGUAAGACUCAAAUAAUAGAAAUUAAGUUAUUAUUUAAAGAUUUUAUUAAAGAUUUUAUGAAAUAAAGAAUUAAUAAAUAAUGAGUAUUAAAAGCUGUUAAAAAACUUACAUGUCUUGAACGAGAGACCAUAAUCAGAGAUUUUAUUAAAAUAAUUUACCGGAGAUGUUUUAAUUUAUGCUUAAAUCUGUUUACGUGACUCACUAAUAUUCGUUUUUAUAGAUUCAAUCUCUGCUCGGGAACGGAAGAAACCCGUGCCUUUUGUCAAAGGCUAUUAGAAAGGAUUUUCGUUUCUGCUCUGUCAAAGAAAGAAAGGAAGAAGAAGCAUUUCAAUCAUAUGGACAAUGCGCUGCUGGAGGGUGUCUGGCCCAUCAACACUAAUAUCGAUCCAACUUAAAUUUUUGAUACUUAGAAUUUUGAUAUGAUUAAAUAUUUAUUAGUUUUUGCGUUACAAAUAUUUAAAAUACAUUUUUCAACAUGACUUUUUGUUUGGCGUAUAAAAGUAUCUUUUAUAGGCCAAACAAGAAAUUCCACUCUUUUUGGUGAACACAAGUACAUUCAAUAUGCUUGUUAUUGCAAUAAUAACCAUAUUGGAUGUACUUGUGCUCACCAAGAAGACUAGAACUCCUUGUUCAACGUAUAAAAGAUCAUUGAAAAAUCUCCCGACUCUAAAAUUGAGUUGACAUAACUUAAUUUUAAAAUAGUCAGCUGACGAUUAUAAUUGCUACAUCAUAAAAUAUAAAAUGAUGCAAAAAGUGGAUUUUCAAGCAGAAGGGUUUCCGACGCACGUAUUCGGUCCGUAUUUUUUAUCCGUUACCUGCUAGUUAGUAACGCCUCUUAGCUGAGGGGCAAAUGAUACAAAACAAUUUUAGAGUCGGGAAAAUUUUUAGAGUGCUUCGAAGAGUGGUUUUUCGAGCGUAAAGGUGCUUUCCGACGUUCGUAUUCGUACGAUGCGUUUUGUUUUCUAGUUUAUAGCACUUACAGUCAUUGUUUGACAAAGUAGAAUCACAAAAAAUAAUUUUUAAAAAAUCGCUUCAGGAACGUUCCAAACUUCAACCAGCUGAUUAAUCAAUGUAUUAAAGGAAGCGAUCUGGAUCAAACUUUAAUGGUUUUGGCCAGAUUUCCGGGUUCCGAUGUAAAAACAUAAUUGUUAUUGCUAUAGUAAUACCUUUUGGAAUGAUAUUAUUUCCUAAAAUAAAAGAGAUAAACUAUUAUGAAUUGCAUUGAUUUUAAUACAUUGAUUAAUCAUUU